AUGUUGUCUACCAGCUUCCCGGCAUUCCCGCAUAUGUAUAGCGUCGCGAAGCCGCGGGCCUUCUUGCGAGGAGCAAUCCCCUUACAAAAGGGCUUGCUCCUCCUGUAUGGAAACGCCGUCCCUCUCGCAAACGCAAAACCAAAGUCCCACGCUCGAGUGGCCAGGGCGUCUCCCGCCGGCUGCGACCCUGCCUACCGUCUACAACAAAACUGUGAGCAUCUUUAUUCCGCCGCCGCGCGGGGGCAGGGCAUCUCCCGCGGACACCCCAGCUGCGGUCCUCUCUACUACAACAAAACUGUGAGCAUCUUUACUUGUCCGCCGCGCGAAAGCGCGACACAAAAAACUCCCUUCUCUCCACCGUCCCCGAAGCCCCGCCCUCGUUCGUGCGCAUGCGCAUGGUCCCGCGCCUGGUCCCGCGCCCCCCGCCGCUACUUCUGCCCGGGAAUGCCGCACGAGAAGCUGUCGAUCAUUUGCUUGCCGUCGGCGAGCUCCUUCUUGACGCGCGCUUUGCCCCACCCGAGCUCCUUGGCCAUCACGUCGACGACGUGCGGCAGCGCGGCGAGCGCGCCCUUGGUGUCGAGGAACACCAGCCGCGACCUGCGCGCGAGGAAGUCCAUCGCCGUCACGCAGUACUCGUGCUCGAUGCAGUACACGAUCUCGGCCUCGAUGAACGGGUACCCGGCCACGAGCCGCGUGCCGAGCCCCUUCUCGGCGAGCUCGGCCACCUUGUACGCCUGGUCCCCGUACGCCCGCGCGAGGUGCUUGGCGCACUCCACGUCCAGCUGCGGCCGCGCCACGGCCGUGCGCGCCGUCUCUCCCUUGGACCCCAUCUCGUACCGCUGCGUCAGGAACGUGAAGUACGACUCGUCCCACUUGUGCCCGCCGACCAGCUGCACGAACGGCGUCUUGCACCGCGUCGCCUUCUCUUGCAGCCCGCCCACCUCGAUCGCCUUGUCCACAGCCGCCUCGCCCAUCGCCCGCUGCGUCGUCCACUUGCCACCCGUGAUCGUUACCACCUUCUCCGGUGACACGUGUACCGCGUGCUCCCGCAGGAUGUUCUGCGUGUUCCCCGCCUCCGCGUCCGGGUUCACGGCCAGUGGCCGGAUCCCCGACCACGCGCUCUGCACGUCCGACGCCCGCACCUCGAUCCGCAGGUAG